AUGCUAGGUGAUUUCAAUCAACCACGAUUGGUCUGGAAGGAAACAACCAAUGAUUAUGCCUUUGUUGAUCCGUUGCACUCACAGAUUAAUGUGGCUAGACAAAUUCUUCUUGACAAUACCUCGUACCACGGACUACGACAACGUAAUUUGGUUCGAAACUGCUCGAAUCGCAUAUUGGAUCUCAUAUUUUCAAGUGAUACGAGUAUGACAAACGGUGUCGUAAAAGCUGCUCAAGAACAAAUUGUUCCUAUUGAUCGAUACCAUCCAGCCUUAACUUACUCUGCGUCCUGUCUACCAUCUCUGUUAUAUGAAGAAGAUUACGAUUAUGACGCACUUGAUUUCCGCCGUGGUGAUUAUGAUGCUCUGAAUCGACUGCUUGAGCAGGUUGAUUGGUCAGAAAUUCAUCGCAGCGACGAUGUCGACAGUGCCACCGAUUGCUUCAAUCGAAUUCUACUAAAUUGCAUCACUCAAACGGUUCCGCGCAGCAGACCUCCAAGAAAACCAGUUUGGUCCAAUCCCCGUCUUAUUAAACUUCGUCGAAAACGCUCCAAGCUCUUGAAACUUUACAGCCUUCAAAGAUGCCCGAUCCUUAAACGCCAAUUUGAUGAAGCUAGUCGAAUCUAUCGUGGAUACAAUCGCUUUUUGUAUAAACGUUAUGUAAGGCGAAAACAGGAUGAUCUCCGACGUAAUCCCAAAAGGUUCUGGAGUUUUGUGAACUCAAAACGCAAGAAGAGUGGCCUUCCCACAAUUAUGCAUCUAGGUGAAGUAUCAGCCAACACUACACAGAGAAAAUGCGAUCUAUUCUCGCAACAUUUCGCGGGUGUUUUCGUUGAUCGUAUCCCAACGCCAGAAGAAGCUCUUACUGCUGCCAAUGGUGUUCCCAUGGACGCUAUCGAUUUUGACGUUUUCGAAAUAUCAAAUGCGAUGGUUGAGUCUGCGAUACAUAAACUCAAGCCAUCAUUCAAACCUGGCCCAGACAAUAUACCGUCAUGCGUAUACAAGAGUCGUCGCGCAUCCCUGGUUCCGCCUCUUCAAACAAUAUUUAAUCGGUCACUACAACUGCAACAGUUCCCGUCUGUUUGGAAAUCUUCCUACAUGGUUCCGGUGUUUAAGAAAGGCGAUAAGACUGACGUUUCUAACUAUCGAGGAAUAACAUCACUAUCAGCAGGUUCAAAGUGUCUGGAAACCAUUGUUAAAGAUGUGUUAUUCAGCUCGUGCAGAAAUUACAUCAGUUCAUCCCAGCAUGGAUUCUUCCCGAAGCGAUCAGUUGAAAGUAAUUUAUGCGAAAUAAUAACGACUUGUAUCGGAGCUAUGGAUAACGGUGCACAGAUUGAUGCAGUGUACACUGACAUCAAAGCUGCAUUCGACACUGUGAAUCAUCAUAUACUUUUUGAUAAAUUGUCUCGACUAGGAGUAUCUAAUAGUGAACAGUUGAACCGAGUUGAGAAAAUCAAGGAUUUAGGUGUUUUGUUGGAUUACCAACUCUCUUUCAAGUCCCACUACUCGGCAAUAAUUGACAAAGCCAAUCGGCAAAUGGGAUUCAUUAUGAAAAUUGCCAAAGAUUUCAACGAUCCCACAUGUAUGGCGCCUAUCGGCGGCGAUGUAUUCACUGCUCCGAACAACUCACUCGACUCGAUCAGCAGCGGCGAGGUUUGUGCGCCGCUGUUGUGUCAUCCCAGUGUCAGUGUCGAUCGCGGACUGUCAAUGAUUGAUCGUGAUUCUUAUUGGCGGAAUGACUGA